UUUCAUUCCUCGUGAUUCCGCGGUUCAGAUUCCAUCGUCGAAUGCAAAUCUUGGACGCUCAACGCUCCGCAGCCCUGAAUAUGGUCUCCAUCACCGCUGUUGUCGACGUCGAAGCACCAAUCUGUUGUUAUCCUGCAAGCACCGCUUCACGUCUCCACCCUUCUCGCCGUAGUUAAGUCCUUUCACUGUAUUACGUUAUCCGAAUCGGAAGCCUAAUCUUGCUGAAGUCCAGGAAUUCUUUAAAGAGCCAUGUUGCGUUUUUAUGUUUAUCAUUCCCAUCCACCAUCUCUCUGUGUACCUACAGCGAAUGCCGCAAUUCUCAUUCGUGUGGGCUGUGACUAUCUCCCGAGUCACUUGUUUUGGACAUAUCAAGUGUAAUUUUCGAUUGCCAUGAAGCGCAUGUUGUCUCUGGCUGGUGCGUUCAUUGUCCGCGUACUUCUUUGUUUGAGAAUCUUGUGUCAUUGAUAAGGUAUGCUUGGUUGCCCUUUGGCAGUCGUCGUCUGUCGCCUUGUGAAUGUGGAUUGGCAUUGCUCUAUAUGUUUACUACUUAUAAGUGAUUGUUUAUGAUUGGAGUCCUGGUACUUUAGAAAUUGAGUUUUUGGUAGGGGUUUGGUACAGAUUUCCUCAGCCUCUGAGUUUUUCCUGUCAGCCUCGACUUUGGCUUUUCUUGUCUCACUGUUUAUUUUAUUUUAUUUUAUUUUUCUUCCUGCGCAUGAUCCAAAUUGGUUUUUCUUAGAUCUGAAACGUAUCCGCGGAGGCUAUUUUGAUUUAUAGAAUUUCGUGUAUCGCGUUAGGAUUCUGUUCCCUUGGCGGAUUUGAGGUCCUCCAUUUCAACCUCUCUUUUCACGGGAUUUAUCGUCUGCUCUCUUAGUUUGAAAUCUGGUCAAGGAGAAAUUUAAAUAUAAUGUUGAGUAAUGUACAUUGUUCGCUCUUUUGACGUUGAGUACUUCGACACAAUCUUGUUCUUAUUGAGUGCCCUAUUUCAUUCUACUUGGGUUCGGAUAAAUCAAUUUUUCCAUUGGGAGCUGCCAGUAAUUUGAAUCCCCAGUUCUGAAUAAACUUGUAGAUUGCAUAUUGUAUCCACACGCAAUGAACAAGUUCUUGAGACUACUCUGUUUCAACUCGAUAUUUCAAUCUUUUGAAAGUAAAAACUUUUUUAGACCUCAUUCUAAUUGGUUGUGUAUGGAAAGAUCAGGUGGCAGAAAUUUUUGUAAUUUUUGAGGUCGCAAAGCUUGUUUCCGCGAUGAAAGGCGUAUCGCGCCGGUGACAACUACGAUUGCAUGCCAAGUUUUGCAUUUAUAUUCUGAUAAUGGAGUAGUGAGUCGUAAAUGGAACCACACCUGUAGGUUGAAGUGGCAGAAUAGAUCUGCUCUAUGGCUUUCAUCGCGGGGAACAGACUAAGGGAUAUGAUAAAUUCCAUCCGGGCAUGUAAAACAGCUGCUGAGGAACGGACUGUAGUUACCAAAGAGUGCGCUGCAUUGCGUGAUCUACUAAAAGAACCUGUUCAAUAUCACCGACAUCGUAACAUUGCAAAGCUUAUUUUCAUUCACAUGAUGGGCUAUCCAACACACUUUGGGCAAAUGGAGUGUAUAAAGCUGAUUGCAGAGGGUGACUUUCCGGAAAAGCGGAUCGGCUACUUGGGGCUUAUGGUGCUUCUUGAUGAGCGCCAAGAAGUGCUAAUGUUAGUCACUAAUUCAAUAAAAAAUGACCUACAUGAUACAAAUCAACAUGUCGCUGGACUGGCUCUUUGUGCUCUGGGCAAUAUCUGCACAGCAGAUAUGGCUCGUGAUCUUUCGGCAGAAGUGGAGAAGCUACUCAGUGACAGCAAUGCUUAUAUUCGCAAGAAGGCAGCCCUGUGCGCAGUUCGGAUAGUGCGUAAAGUUCCAGACCUGAUUGAGUCGUACAAAGGGCCUGCGUUAAACCUCCUCAUGGGUAAGCAUCAUGGUGUUCUUGUUGCAGGAGUUAAACUGUGCUUUGAGCUCUGUCAAGCCAGUGCCGCAGCACUUGAACAUUUCAGAAAGCAAGUAUCAACGAUUGUGGGAGUACUGAAGAGUCUGGUGCUAAGCGGCUACGCUUCCGAAUACGAUGUGACUGGGAUUUCAGAUCCUCUUCUGCAGAUAAAACUUCUUAAGCUCUUGCGCCUUGUAGGAAGGGGGGACAAUGAAUCUAGUGAUGUAAUGAGCGACGUGCUUGCACAGGUUGCUACCAACACGGAAGGUACCAAGAACGCUGGAAAAGCUAUCUUAUAUGAAUGUGUGCUUACUAUAAUGGCAAUAGAGGAUAUUGGAGGACUUAGAGUCCUGGCAAUUAACAUCCUUGGUCGCUUCCUGGCAAACAUGGAUAACAACAUAAGAUACGUGGCUCUAAAUACUCUUGUCAAGGUUGUCGCUGUGGACAAUCAAGCUGUACAGCGCCAUCGUGCGACAAUUGUAAACUGCAUCAAGGACUCGGACAUUUCAAUAAGAGCGCGAGCUUUGGAACUUGUCUGUAGCCUUGUAAACGAGAGCAACGUUGAGGCAUUGACUACUGAGCUACUUGAAUAUCUGAAGUUUUGCGACCCAGAGUUCAAAGUAGACCUUGCGACGAAGACUGCUGCUCUUGUGCACAAGUUUGCUCCAACAAAGCUCUGGUACAUUGACCAGAUCAUCAUGAUUAUGCUGGAGGCUGGGAAGUAUGUCAAGAAUGAGGUCGUGUGGCAUUUCGUGGUUGUAGUCAGCAACGCUAUCGAUCUUCGAGGAUAUGCUGUCAGGACACUUUAUCGUUCAUUUCACAAGUGGACCGGUCAGGAAAGUCUUGCUCAAGUGACAGUGUGGUGCAUUGGUGAAUACGGUGACAUGCUGGUUAACAAUUUAAGCGAGUUAGAAGGCGAGGAUCCCCAAACAGUCACAGAAUCAGAUGCUGUGGACGUUAUAGAGAAUGUUUUGCGCGAUCCUGGAGUAAAUUCGACUACAAUUGCAUUCUGUCUCAUGGCACUGUUAAAACUGUCGUCUCGGUUUCCGCACUGCACAGAGCGUGUCGAAUCACUGCUACAGGAAUAUCAUACUUCCAUAGAUCUGGAAUUGCAGCAGCGAUCCUUCGAGUUUGGAUCCAUCGUUUCUAGUCAUUCUAAUCUCAAAGUAUCACUUACGGAGAGGAUGCCCAUUUUGGAUUUUGCAUCUUACUCUUCGAAACGCACUGGUUAUGAUAAAAGGUAUGGCAGUCAUUCUGUAAGUCCCACCGGUAAAAUACCUCCAUCAGAUGUAGCAGCCAUAAAGUUUACUACAAAUGACCUCAUGGAUAUGCUGACUAUACAACCAAUAGAAGAAGCCUCAGCACUUCCGGCUUCAGCUGGAGAUGCGCCGUAUGACAUAGUAGGCGGCAGUCGAAGUUCUACAUCAGCUGUGACCAAUCCUAUUCCCGCGCGACUCUCAAUAGAAGGUGCUAGCGCGCUCCUGAAUAUUUUGGCAGCAGAUGAAGAAGUUGAAUCCUCGAAUUUAAAGAAGCUUGCAUCUUCCACAACAUCCCAAAGGACUUCCGUAAAUCGAGAGGACUUCCGUAAAUCGCCUAUCAACUCGCGGAUCGACCACCGAAUGUCCAUCCUUGAGUUGGAGCCACAUUAUCUUCGCAAGUCACCCCUAGAAGAGGAAAUCUUGUCGACAAAUAAACAAAUAGCUUCUCUUGUUGAGCCAACGCUAUCUCCGGAUCGGAGUAGCUCCCUCGCACUCAAGCUCCUAGAAAGAAUAUCAAUUACAACCAGUCGAGAUUCUAUUCUUGGUCGUAAGUCUUCGUCAUCUUCUCAGCGCAGCCCACGAGCUAUUACCGUGGAUCCUGGACUAACACUAGCCGAGCAGAAGAGGUUUUCCAUAAAUGAGGCACGUCUACAGAGAAUAUCUUCGAAUGACGCACGGUUGCAAAGUAGUCAGGGAAGCCAUACUGAGCCUUUGACAUCCCAGCAGCGUAAAGUUCCUAUACUUGGUGUUACGGAGCCCACACUGCAACGACAAGAGGGUUUCGUACCUGAGGACGCCCCAACGACAACCAGUCGAAUCUCUACCCACACUGAACCUACACCAACUCAGUUGCAAAGAAGUUUUUUUCUCGAUGAAUCCCCUGCGGCAAGCAGUCGAAUCUCUCCACGUGAUAAUCAGCUAUCAAAAGUGCUGUUAGAGCACAGGACUUCCCUGCUGGGCGACUUUCCAAGUGCUAAAGAUGAAGUGGUUGGUGUGGAACCCAUUUCUACUCUCAACAGUACCUUUGGAGGUGAUUUUUAUCGUCCUGCGAAACUGGAUCAGCCAGAAGCUGAGGUUUAUCCUUCAAUAUUGGCGUUGCAAACUCAAGGGUUGAAGGUGAACUACGAAUUCACGAAGUCACCUGAAUCCCCGAAAACAACGGUUAUAAAGGCUAUUUUCACCAACACAUCUACAACUCCAUACACAGAUUUCCUCUUUCAAGCUGCAGUGCCCAAGUUUAUGACGCUGCGUCUGGAUCCAGCCAGCGGUUCCUCUCUACCACAAAAUAGCAGUGGCGUAAUUACACAAAUUUUGACAGUAACCAAUAGCCUCCAUGGCCAGAAACCGUUGGUCAUGAGGGUAAAGAUUGCCUACAAAGCGGAUGGGCAGCCUGUUCUGGAGCAAGGUGAAGUCAACAACUUCCCCUCGAAAUUGUAGCAGACAAUUAUUUCCUGAGGAGGAAUUCUGGGAAGAAAUCAAAUUGGAAGAGUCUGCACAUUAAACAAUGGUUAGUAAAAUUCCAGAAAUAGGUCAGUUGUCCAUCAACGUUUACUCUUUUCUUUGGGUGACGUAGGCAACGAAUGUUGCAAAAAUGACUCAUGAUAGCUGGAUUGCUUGGCGCUAGUUUUUUCAUUGACUGGAAAUGAAUCAUACUACCACGAUUUUAAAUGCUAUGGUUCUGGUACACUUUCCAGGUGCUGUCAAGCACGCCACGAAAGAUAUGGAUUAUGUAUCAAUCUUGGUCAGGUCUGCUCAGAUGGCCUACUUGGUUCCAAUCUGUCCUAGUAACCACUUUUAUAUUCCGCCCACUACGUAAAUAAGCUCACAAGAACAGAGACUUGAACACUUUCUGUUUCAGGAAUAGUUUAUUGAUUGAUGUCGGAAGUUCUACUAGCAUACGUUAGUGUUGAAUCCCUUUUUUUUCUUUUUCUUUUUUCUUUUUUUUCAUGUGAAAGGUGCAAGUGGUCCACAAGGUAGAUACACCGCAUGCGCAAAGUAUUCAAAUUUGUUUGUUUGAUGAUCUGA